AAGGUCUUGGUAGUCGGGGCCGGCGUCUUCGGCCUCUCGACGGCAUUGCAUCUGUCGAAACGAGGCUAUGCGGUCCACCUGUUCGACUAUCAGCCAUAUCAUGAAAACGGCUACGCAUACUCCGCCGGCUGCGACGGCGCCAGUUGCGACGAGAACAAGAUCUUGCGAGCAUCGUACGGGAAUGCGAAGCUGUAUCAAGACCUUGCGCUGGACCGAGCCAUGCCUGAGUGGCAAAGGUGGAAUGAGCUGUUAUCCAAGACGCCAGCUGGGCAGUUGCCGCCUGGGGUGACGCCUGAUGUGCCGUUGUGGAACAAUUGUGGCUAUCUGAGACUAAGCCAAAGUGGCCUCGAGCAGAGUGAAGUCGAAACCCAGGCCAACUUUCCCAAAGAGAUCCGGCAUACUCAAUACCGCAUCUCAGACGCAGGCCGGCGGCGGGAUGCCGAAGCUGAGGGGGUUGCAUCGGCCAAGAUUGAUCCAUUUGGACGACUGGAGAAAGGGUUGCCGACAGACGGUGUUCUGGACAUGACAGGAGGCUUUGUCCUGGCCAGUCGAGCCUGUGCUUUCGCACUGCACUUGUGUCAUCAAGCAGGAGUCGAGGCUCAUUUGGGCGCGCCACAUGGGUUGAAACGCCUCAUGCGACAUGGACAAGCAAUCACGGGAAUCGUGACCAACGACGGGCGUGAGCAUCACGGGGAUCUUGUCGUGUUGGCUUGCGGCGGCUGGACCCCCAGUCUCCUGCCUGAGAUCGAGCGGCUGGUAGAGACGACGGCUGGCAGUGUGCUGUCGAUCCGGCUUCCUCAAGAUCGAAAAGACUUGUGGGACAGAUACUCUCCAGAGAGAUUUCCCGUGUGGACAUGGAAUAUGUACGGCUACGAGCGGCGUGGACGAGACAUCGGCGGGCUUUAUGGCCUGCCGCGCACCCCUGAAGGCGUCGUCAAGAUUGCGUUUCGUGGCGCGAAGUGGACCAAUUACUCUGUGCAGAGUCAAUCGUCAGGAAACCGUCUUUCCUACCCCAAGACCGACGUUGGUGAGAUACCGGAGGAGGCGAUGCGAGUGAUCAAGACGUUUUGCGAAGAAAACCUACCCGAUCUGCUCGAGUUGGAGCUG